AUGCUCAACCUGCCGCAGGCGCCGUAUCAAGUGCGAUGCGAAAAGGCUGGCUUCAAAUGCGAUGGUCCACAGUCGAUCGUCUUUGUGCAAGGCAAAAUCGUCAAGUCUAGGAGGUCACAGAAGUUGAAGAGCAAGGCGGCGGACCCGCCUGUAACGACUGUCUGGAAGAGGCAAGAAGUAGAAGAGUCUACCUCGGAAUCUCCUGAACACCGCUUCGACCUCCCUGAAAUCAGGCCUAAAUUCAACGACAAAGAAGUUUGCAUAUGUUAUGCACGCCGCCAUCUUCUACCCAACGGUCCCAUAGACCUAGGGUUACAGGAGCUUCAGCCCUCAGACAUUGUCACGGAUAACUACGCCGUAAGAGGAGCAAGCAGCCCAUUAUUUGUUCAGGCCGCACUCAGCUUUGCAACCCUCUUCUUCGGCGCGCAGCAUCACCAGAGCGGGAUCCUCGCCGAAGGUUAUGCCAUACAUGGUGUAGCUCUCAAGCGGCUGAAUCAGGCUUUGAGCCAGCCAGAACGCCGUAUGCAUGACGACGUAAUCGUUUCCGUCAUUCUAUUGGCUAUGCUUGAACUUUUCAUGCCCACUGGACCAAGAAAUUGGCUCAAGCACAUGCUUGGGAUGGAGCAGCUCCUAGCAUUACGUGACCCAGCAUCCCUGGUUCACGCGUCAUUUCGGACACUUGAGCUGUACAAAGCUGCGAGUGACGAGCUCUUCAAGCUUCAGCAUGCGUCUGGCUUAAGCUAUAUUCAACGGCGACAGGAAAUGCAAUGCAAGGCAGAUGGGACCUUAGUCUUUCUUCGAGCGUGGAAACGACGAUGGGAUAGCAAUGAGGAGAACGUCCAUAUCGAAGAAGAGUGUCUUGAUCCGACCAGUACCCAGAUUUCGCCACGCAUUAUAUACCGGUUCAUGAGCGACUCUGUUGCACGGAUGCUGAUGUUGUACAACACCGCAUUGAUCUACACCCUCCGUGUCAUGGCGACUUUAGGAAGCAAAACUAACGGCACACAACACAUUCCGAGCGAUCACAUACAGGGCGGCACAGGCGCGGAUGUUAUGACUGAGAGCUCCUACUAUCCUGUCAUCCGUACAGCAGGACUCGACAUCGCCCGCUGCAUCACUGACUAUCUGCAACACAAACGUGCGCGAGGAGAAACAGACUUUGUCUCACCCAUGGUACAGUGGGCUGUGAUCACCGCCGGGCAGGCAUUAGGCGGCGAGGAGUCUCCGGAUGGCAAAUGGAUGGUCAGCCUACUGAAAGGAGACGCUAUGUAUACGAUUGCGAAGAGAGCUUGGGAAGUUUGA